CUGGAUCAUUGUGGGAAAUAAAGCCUGGAGCUCCCCAGGCAACCCGGAGGGAUUGAGCACGGGGUCACCCCAAGGGCCCUGGCUCUGCGCAGCAGCUUCAGAAAAAGCAAGUACCACAGGGCGGCGGAACGGCUUUUGCGGGCGCUGGGGACGCGUUUGGGGGACGGACCGGGGAAACGAACUGUGCUGCACCAUCAGGUGUACUCCCGGCUGCCGCUGACCGAUGAGGUGUCGUUUACGUCCCGGCUGCCCGGGUGGGCUUGAGCCUCUGGCUCCCAGGUGACGGUCGGAGGAGGCCGCAGGCUCAGGACCUGCUUGUUCCCGCGGCGUACACGGCGGGCUGACCUUGGCUGCUGCUCUCGCCGACCUUGGCCGAGGGUCGGAGCCAAUGGCGGCCUGGGCUGUUGUCAACCUGAGCAGGGCUGCUGCCCGAUGCUUGCGGGCUCGAGACCCUGGGGUCCGGGAGGCUCUUUUGCGCGCCUCCCAGUCUGAGCCUCCAGAUUGGAGCUUCGCCUGGGGCCGAAUGCUGCACGUCACUGCGGCGGUUCCUGCCGGGCACAACAAGUGGUCCAAAGUCCGGCACAUCAAGGGUCCCAAGGACACCGAAAGGAGUCGCAUCUUCUCCAAGCUCAGUCUGAGCAUUCGCCUAGCGGUUAAAGGAGGCCCCAACCCUGAUCUCAACAGCAACCUGGCCAGCAUCUUAGAGGUGUGUCGCAGCAAGCACAUGCCCAAGUCAACAAUGGAAGCAGCACUGAAAAUGGAGAAAACCAAGGACAUUCAUUUGUUGUAUGAGGGCCGAGGCCCUGGUGGCUCUUCUCUUCUCAUUGAGGCAUUAUCUAACAGUGGCUCCAAGUGCCUCUCGGACAUCAAACAUAUCCUGAACAAGAAUGGGGGAAUGAUGGCUGAAGGAGCUCGCCACUUCUUUGACAAAAAGGGAGUGAUAGUGGUUGGAGUGGAGGACAGAGAGAAGAAAGCUGUGAACCUAGAGCGUGCCCUGGAGCUGGCAAUUGAAGCAGGGGCUGAGGAUGUCAAGGAAACUGAAGACGAAGAGGAAAAGAACAUUUUUAAAUUUGUUUGUGAUGCCUCUUCACUGCACCAAGUGAGGAAGAAGCUGGACUCCCUGGGCCUGUGUUGUGUGUCCUGUAUGCUAGAGUUCAUCCCCAACACAAAGGUGCAGCUGGCUGACCCCGAGCUGGAGCAGGCUGCCCAUCUCAUCCAGGCCCUCAGCAACCACGACGACGUGAUCCACGUCUAUGACAACAUUGAGUAGCCAGGCCGUACCUGCUGCCAGGCAGCCUCUUCUGGAGCACAAGCCUCUGAGACUCAAGCAGACGGGGGAGUCUAGCAGGUCAGGAAGCAUGAGACCUGCAACUUUGUGGCCAAGGGAAUGCCCGCGCUUUGUGAGGCCUCCGUGUCAGCAUGGCUGGUGUCUAGAGUCCUCUUGGAUGAGUUCCCUCCAACAUCCUUCUGGAUGCAAGGUGCAGCCAGUUAGCUGGUCAGACUCUGAUCUCAGGAAUGUGGCCCUCGUGGGGAUGGUCGGUGCCCCAUGUGCUGGAAACUGCUGUGAAAUAAUAACAGUGAUUGACCUGGGUCGCUGCA